AUGCCUAGAAUCACAAACGAACACGAGAUCCCAGAUGAGAUUAUAGAAGAAGGCAUCCUACUCUACUUCCAACAUUUCCAUAACCAGCCGUACCCACUUUUAAUGGAAACGAGCGAUAAUGCGCAAGCGUCCGUGGCUGUAUAUCCUAAGCUCGUGCUGUACCCCUUGCUGGCUGUUAGUUUGCGUACCUGCCAGAACCCUCUCUUCCACAGCAAAGAGGCCAUUGUCGAGACGUGUGGGAUGUUAUCAGAAGCAGCUUGGAACCUUCUGGCCGCUCGAUAUUCCAAGUUCGACUUUGAUCUAGCUUAUUUCCAGGCGCUCUGCUUACUAGCCCAGGUCGAUUUUGCCACUGGCAAGCCGCACCGGGCGCAGGCUCAGGUUGCUCUUGGCUUGAGGCUCGCUCAAACACGUGGCUUGCUUCGCAAAGAAGGCGCCAUACCAGAAGAAGAGCAUUUGUCGCUUAGCUGGCGUUCAGUCGUGUGGACACUGUUCAUGAUGGAUCGCAUUUUCAGUGGCGCAAACGUGAGAUCCUCUUGCGUCCCGGCUUCCUCUUUUCAGCUCUUUUUGAUGCAAUGUGCUCCACUAAAUCCCGAAGGCUCUUCUACAUCUAAAGAAAUCACGUUGCCAACUUCUCCUGGAGACAUAUUGCGGGCGGGGUCCUUGGACGUCGUUUCGUGCAACAUUGUGCUCCUUGAUAUAUGGCAUAACGCACUCAUGGACGUAUUUGACGAUAGCUCGUCUGCGCCCGUUCCUUUCUGGAGACAUGAUUCCACGCAUGCGGCCAUUGAGAGCCGUCUGAUGGAGUUUGAGAUGAAAGCUCACCCACACCGUUAUACCGCGGUGGGAUCUCCCCGUCGUGUUGUACACGAACCUCACCUACGCCCCUUCUUUUCUGCCUGGGUGUUUUACCAAAUUCUAUAUUCGGCCACACGAUGUCGCCUGCAUCAUCCCUUCAUCCUAUUCAUGAAGACUCGUCAACAGCAUAAUCAAGUCCCUCUAACAACCUUGCAAAAGUCCCAUCAGGAUUCCAUGAUCCACUCCAACUGGGUAAUCCGGCACAUCAUCGAGAUGGAUGAAGCAGGAAUGAGCAUCUACGAUCCCUUCAUCGGCUAUCUAGUUGCACUUGCAGCCAGUAUCCAGCUGGAACAUACUAUCAACGACAACCCGAAGGUUGCAAAUGCUGCCCGCCGCAAGUACGACAAAGCACAUGCUUACCUCCAAAGGACGACCAAGAUAUGGCCUAACGUAGGGAACAUCCUAAGCGCACUCGAGGGUAUCUCGGUCCGUCUUCACAGUCGCCGGAGCAUCAGUCACGUACAUGGCGAAUACGAUGGGGCAAUACCUUCCAAGGAGAUCUCAGAUUUGAACGUGGAACAGGAGGACAUCGAUCUCAUGGCGAAGCUGUUUGAUUAUGCGGCACUCUCCGCUGAACAGGAGAGGAUAUCUCCUGCUAUGAAGUCGACUCUACGACACCCCCCCGAAGCCUUCGAUCUAGCUUCGAGCAUUGUCCCGCAAAGUAUCAUAUCCACGUCCAAUGACUCGACUGUCAUCGAAACUCGGCAGAUCCGUUCAGAACCCCUGGCCGUGCCUGAAGAACUCGACUGGCCGAACGAAGAUUUCGACAUCUUCCCAAAUGUUACGAAUGAUUGGUCAUUCUUUGGCCGACCAUGGUCGACGUAUUCUUCAGAGGGACCAGCAUAG